AUGGGUUUCAUCAAAGUGGCUGUCCUGGGCAAAGAUGCAGUCUAUGCCACCCGAGAGCAGCUGGGUUUGUUUCCCCAAGAGUUGAAACUGCCCCGAACCAUCAACUGGAAUGAACCUGGGUCGGACUCGGACACCAUCGAGUACACGAGGUUUCAGCGGCUUUUUGGCGUAGAAGGUGAUCUUGACGAAGACGUCGGUGACCAACGCCUGCUGAAUGAGUCGGAACUCGAGAGACAAGGUGUGCGUCAGGAAGCCAAAGAGAGUAGAAUGGUAGCCGAAGCCAUGAACAUCGCCAAAACGGCCUAUGUAGGUGGUAUUGUGAAAGACGAUCAAAAAAGUCUCUUGGAGGAUGAAACGGUGAAGCAGAUCCUCGGCGAUCCACAGGUCAAGCGGGCAAUGAUCCUGAUGCACCAGGACUACGAUCGCUUCUUUGAGGAUUUCAAGUCCAACACCAGAUUGCAGGUCUACUUUAAGCAACUGCUUGAGUUGGGCUUGGCGCGCGUCGUUCACACACCGGCCAUGGAUCCGUAUGUCAGCAUGGUCAGAGGGCAGUACAGCUCCGUGGAUGUGGCUCGAGAGCUGCAGAGAGAUCAGGAUCCUUACAGCAGAAACCCCUUCAUGUCAGCACCGGCUCAGGGGUCAGAUUUUCUUCCUUUGGACGGCGGCCAGAGGCAUGAGCACCACAUGGCUUCCAUCAGGAACAGCCUCACAAAUCCCGACUUCCUGCCAAUGGGCGGGCCGACCGCUGGUCCCCCCCAGGUCUACGGAGAGCAAUUUUGCAGUGGGCACAUGCGACAGUCUGUGGAGAAGGAUUUGCAAGCUCGACAACGCAGCGACAUGAUCAAAAGUUCGCUCGCUUCUGAGGAACUCACGACACCUUUCGACACAUCUGCAGUGCUUUCUCCGCAGGAUUUGGAACGCCUGUACAAAGAUGCCACCGACGUACACGUCCAGGACAAGCAUGUCGUGAGUUCCAAAGUGGUGGAUAAGCAAGAGCAAUGUGCCCCAGCAGACAAAAUCAAAAAACAGCCGUCUUUUCAGGGAUUCUCCAAGACGUUUUUCGAGGGACAUCCUUCCAUGGCAACGUGGAAGACGGAUCCGCUGGCCUACUUCGACCGACAAGUGCAGAGGCCAGAUGUGACUUUUGUUUUGCACGUGGACUCGCGUGCGGCCAUGGCUCUCUUACCCGCUGAAGGCGAUGUGAGGGCUGUGGAUGAUCUGGCUGGAGUAGUCCGACUUCUACGACUACCUGGCACACUGUGGGACGCUUUCACCGAGCAGGUUGGCAACCCGGGUGGUGACAUCAGAGUGCUCGCCGCACUUCCUGCACAUGUUGUAGUACAUGGCAUUGGCCAAGCGCAGUUAGCAGGGCAAGGGUUGUCAGCAGUGGAGGCCGCACAUGUGGGACUGGUGUGGCGAGUUGCAAGAUUCCAUUUGUUUCUCAGCAAGGGUGGCUCAGCAGAGAACUUUGUGGACGUGGACCCAUGGGAGCCGGACAAGAAAUCCCCUGGACAAGGUGCAGUAACAUCUCAGGUCCCUAAGGGCUCCGGACUGAAGGAGAAAGUGCUGAAGAUGGCGAACUUGGUGGACCAGACGGAUGAUUCAGAAUUGAUGCCCCCGGACGUCCAGACGGUGCACAUGUGGAGUCAAAGAUACCUCCAGUUGAUGGGGGACAUGCCGAAUGAGGACGAGGAACCGACCGAUGCGCAAAUGGCAGCUCUGGACAAGAGGGUCAACCAAAUGGGCCAAGCUCCAUACGUGGACAUGGGAGUGUGGCUGCCUUUUGGGAGGAGGGCCCUGAAGAAUCAGAAGCUACGUUCCUUCUUCCCGGUUGGAGAUGGGACAUACGUGGCAAGAGAUUUUCCGGGGCCUCAGAACUUUCUUCAAUGGCAAGCUUCGUGGAAGGUUUUUCGAGUGGCUGCAAUCAGCCUGGAUAUCUGCUCACUAGCAUCACUCAUGACCUAUGAGAAGGGGAUCGAACGCUUGACAGUGCAGUGGCCGAAGAAUUGGAGCCUGAUCGCACAUGCAGACGACAAGGCGAGAGCCGAACGUUUGGAGCGGGUGAGACGCACUUUGGUGAUGGACAUGAACGAUGGGAAGCCAGUGCCAUCAGACUUCAAGGUGGACAAGCCCUGGUCAGUGUGCUUUAGGCUUCUUGCCCAAGACGAAGGUUUUUGGAGUGAACAGGUGCGACACCCAGCAACGUCAUGGUUGGCAGCAGGUGGACGUGGAGUGCCGAUGGCAUCAGCAGAGGCUCUGGCUUCAGCUCAUUUUCCCGGACUUUCUGAAGGGCAUGAAUUGGACGCGACUGGAUCCAAUGACAAAGAUGAUCGACGUAGACAAGCAAACAGGGACAAGAGGUUGGCAAAGAGAAAACGCAUGCAAGCGGACAGGGAAGAGCUAUCGAGAUGGAGGAGCGCACCUACCAGUGGCAAAGGCUCGAAUUCAGGGGCCAAAGGGAAAGGCAAAGGAGCUGGGCGAGAUCAGUCUGGGGAGGAGAUAUGCUUCUCCUGGGCAAAGGACAGUGGACCUUGCGCUGGACUGUUCUUGAAUUGGCACUUGAUUAAUUGGUUUUGUGUUUUGUUUUGGUUUAAGAUGGCUAGUGAAAUCCCAGCCUCGUCAAAGCCUGAAGGGGCACUUCAUGGCGUCGAUGCGGUGGUGCCCAAGCGCAUUGCAGAGUGCUUGGAAGAGGCCAAGGACUUCGGGCAGUACAAGCUGGCUCGAAAAUUCAAGUUCUUGCACAUGUUCUCAGGGCCUGUGGACGUUUUAGCACAGGCACUGAAAGCGGAAUGUGACAAGGAGGGCAUCACGUGCAUAGUGGAGUCGUAUGACAAGUUGGUGGAUGGCAGCCACGACAUGACGUUGGAUCAACCUUUUGAAACCAUCCUGCACAAGGCCAAGAACCAGGAGUACGACGGAGGACAUGCAGGUUUUCCUUGUGGCAGCUUUUCAAGGGCUAGACUCAAUGCUAAGGGCGAUGGACCCGGGCCCGUGCGUUCGGGAAGUGAGAUCUAUGGCCUGGCGACCAAUAACCGUCGUCAACAAGCUGAAGCAGAUAGGGGCACUGUGCUGGCGGUGAGAUCGGCGCUGGUCAUAGCAGAGAUCAUCACAGAUCAGCGCAAGAGGGCGGUGCCUACGGUGGGAACUUUGGAAAACCCGCCAGGGUCAGAGACAAAGGAAGAGGGACCAGCAUGGGAGUUGCCUGAAUUGCAGGAAUUCAUCAACAAGCUCAAGGCGACCACGGCCCUUUACAACACGUGUGCUUACCAGGACAAGGAGAAGGAGCGCUGGUUCAAGCCAGGCAGAUUCACCGGAUGCUUGGCGGAUCUGGACACAAUGUCAAAGAAGUGUUCGUGUCCAAGUUGGGUCAAACACCAAGCAUUGAUUGGGAAAGGCCUCACAGCAAAGGCAGCCGAGUAUCCAAGCGGCUUGGUGAAGGCUUAUGCGGUGCUGGUUGCAAGAGCUUUCAAGACCACGCUGCAGAUGGAAUGGUGGAGACAUCAAUUGAAGGUCAAAAAGGAGGAGGUGACGACGGCACAGAAGAAGUGGAUCGAGAGCAAGAUGAAGAAGCAGUUGCCGCCAGCAUCGCUUGGAGAUUUAUCGUCAUCAAAGAGAGCUUGGAUGGCGGAGAAUGUGGAUGAGAACACGGGUCCAACAGAAGGCCCGUCGAAACGGAGGAGAAAAGAAGGGGAAAACGCUCACUUCAUAGGUGGGAUGCGCAAUCCAGCCAAGGCGGUGGCAAGGCUGCACAAAGUAUGUGAAGCUGGACGAGACGUCAGGCGCCUGUGGUCUCGAUUUGUGAAGGACCAUCCAAAGGCCUUGGAGACAGCGAACAACUACGGCAGUGAGAACUGUGAGCUGGAUGACGAAACCUUGAAGGCAUGGACACGAGAGAUCGAGCACUUUCUGAAGGCCAAGGAAUUUGACGAUGAGGUGCUCAGAGGAUCAGACAGGUUCAGAUCCCCGCUCAACGCGAAGCUUUGGGAAGGAUGGUGCAAGUGCUCAGGAGACCCAGAAAGAGAUCUGGUGCAAUGGAUCAGAUCAGGAGCUCCGUUGGGCAUGGCUGAGGAGAUACCGUACUGUGGCAUUUUCCCAAUGACAGAUGAGGAGCUGCCGGAUGUGGAGGAAAUGCCAGACAUCGAAGCUCAAUUGGGAGUGGAAAACUACAAGAGUUUCAAGGAGGAGCCAGAGCACGCCUUGCACGAGAUUGAGCGCUACCUCAAGAAGGGCUUUUGCGUGGAAUUGGACGAGAACGAGCUGAAGCAGCAGUUCACGACAGGAACCAUUUCCAAGCUGGCACUCAUCAUCAAAGAAAAAGAGGAUGGAUCAAUCAAAAGGGUGCAGGACGUGGUGGACAGCCUGAAGUACCUUCGAGAACAAAGAUUCGGGCUCAUGCUGAAGGCGCAAAGAGAGGAGUGGCCUGAUCAGGAGCAAUGCCAGGACAUCGAGCUGGUGUCGGCCGACUUGGCGGACGCAUACUGUCAUUUGGCGGUGGCGGAAAAGGAGUUGGGCAAUUGUGCAACACCCAGCAUGUCACCUGGCAAGUAUCUCGUGUUCACGGCCAUGCUUUUUGGUUUUCGAGGGGCACCUCUGAUCAUGGGCAGGUUUGCGGCGACUUUGGCACGAAUGCUACAGGCGCUGAUUCCAGCCGACGAGAUGCAGUCGCAGCUUUACAUGGAUGACCCCUUGUGGAUGUUGCAGGGACCGAAGUGGAGAAGGCAGGAAAACCUGGCGCUAGUGCUAUACAUGUGUGGAGCACUGGGGGUGAACCUGCAGUUCAAGAAAGGUUUCAGAGGGACUGAUGCGGUAUGGAUUGGAACGAGAAUGGAACUUAACCUUGCUGAAGAAGUUCUGAUCCUGUCCAUCCCGAUCAAGAUGAUGAACGAGAUCAAAAAGGUGCUGACCAGCUGGGAGAACAAGGGCAUGGUGCCAUUGCGAGAGGUGCGAGCGGUCACAGGUCGCUUGAGUUGGGUGUGUGGCAUCAUCACGAGGGCUCGAUGGUGUGUGAACAUCCUCUAUGCGGUGAUAGCGCAGACCAUGCACGAUGUGAAGGCAGAAGUCGAAAGGGCAGCGAAAAGAGAUGACACCAGGCCAAAGCCACACAUGGUGGCAGUUCACAGGAUGGAGUUGCCAAGGCAGUGGUUUUUGGCGAUGUUCGACAAGCCGGACAAGUCUGCCCUGAGACGUGAACCACUUCAUGAAGUACAUCCCAGCUUCGCCCUCAUCACUGAUGCGUCACCUCAAGGGGUGGGGGCAAUACUGGCAGACAUUGACAAGAAGAACAAGCUGCUGGUGCCGCUGGAUGCCUUGGAGAUACCCGUCACGGAGGACAUCGCACGAUGGAUGGGCAUAGAGUGGAAGGCAGCUUCGGGGCAAGGGCCGCUAGAGGCGUGGGCGGUGCUGAUGGCGCUGAGAAAGUGGAAGCACAGAAUCAGAGGGUGCUCCCUUCUGAUUCGGUCAGACAGCGUGGUAGCCUUGGCCACGAUCAAGAAGAGCGCAGCCCCGUCGCCGGUCCUCAAUUGGAUAGGCGCAGAGUUGGCAUUGCGGUCAGAAGAACUGCAAUUGGGACGCCUGAUAGGGCAGCACAUCCCAGGAUCUUGGAAUCAAGAAUCGGAUUGGCUGAGCCGACCACAUGAGCGUGGCAAAAUGCCUGCUCGGCUGGAAGGCGUACCACUUAGGCAGUUCCCGAAAUCCAGUGUCAUGACAUCAGCACUGGCCCCUCCGGGAGCAAGUCAGACGCUUCGAUGGGGCCAGACAUCGAAAGUGGUGUCGACAGCCUUUGAUGUGCAAGCGGCGCGAUUCGAAGUAGCUGCAGACGACGGCUGGUCGUUUGCGGAGUGGUUUGUUUUAGUGGGAUGGCUAUUCGCGCUGCUCACCUUUUGCACCUGCCUCUCGGUCAGACAAGAAACGGUGUACUCCACGUACAAGAUGAAGGGCAAGGAGGCAAUCUUACAAGAUAUGGUGGUAAGAGCGCUUCCUGUGGUCUGCCGAAGUUUGGACACCAGUGGAAAAUUGGAGGAGAUGAAGAACAAAAGAGGAUGCAUGGGAGCGGCCUUCCAGGUUGCUUCAUCAGCAGCGAGCUUGUGGAAAGCGACAAACGAGCUGAAGGGCAACUUUUGGGCGGCCUCCUCAAGAUCGUCCAGAGAAAUAAAGCGGAAUGAAGUCCUGAAGUUGGCAACAAUGGUGGCAGGAGAAACAAGGGAACCCUUGCCAUUGUCGCAGGAGAUAGUGGAGGGCGUUGCAGCCUGCUUGAGAUGCUCGGGUAUGAAAUCAGGUGACCAAUAUCUCAAUGAACUCAAACUCUUGCACAUAGAAGAAGGGUACGACAUGCCUCCAUGGCUGACCAGAGCCUUCAACUUAUGCAAAAAGGCGCUGGGAAGAAACAAGGGACCGACGAAGAAGGCAGUGGAGGCCAAGUUAGAAGACAUCGGAGAGGACCUUUGGUGCCAAAGUGGAGCCAACUUUGUGGGCGGCAUCAAUCCGGCUGUCUGUUACGCAUGGGCGUGUGUGUGGAUGCUGAGGGAGAUAGAGGCGAGUGCUUGCAAGUGGGAACAUGUUCAAGCUGAAGAACAAGCAAGACACGUCACAUUGUCCAUACCAGUGUCAAAAAUGGAUCAGUCGGCGAUGGGAGUUCGAAGAACCCUGCAGUGUUGCGGCGAGGAGAUUUGCUCGAGAUUUUGCGCCUGGAACUUGUGGACGAGGAUGAAGAACGAAAGCCCAAACAAGUACAAGAAGAAGGGCUUCAUGUUUGUCAAUGAGAAGGUGGCGAAACUGAGCAAAAGCAAAAUGAUUGAAGUGUGGAAUUCAGCCACAAGUUGCAGGGUAUCAGGACACUCCGCACGCAGAAGUGGAGCAAUGGAACAUGUGAGGCAGGGCUUACAGAUCCAGGAGCUAGCGUUCUUGGGGAGAUGGCGGUCGGCAGUGGUGCUUACAUAUGCAAACGAUGCACUACAGGAAGUACCAGCCAACAAAGUUUUCAUGGGAGACAAAACCGUGAUGAGUUGGGAGCAAAGAAAAGCACCGUGGACCCCGUUGCCAAGCGCUCAAACUCCAAUGAUGCGUGCCCCGAUGACACCAGCAGCGGAACUGUCACAGGCACCUCCUGAAGUAGAAGUCAUGCAAGGGUUGGAAGAGAAAGGAAUGAGGAAACAAAACCUUUGGGUGGCGUCCAACGAAGUCAGGAAAGGCAAGAAGACGUGGCACAGAGUAACCAGAGCAGGGUGGCAAGUUCCCAUGGCAGAAUGGGGAACAGCUUGUGGAUGGAAUUUCACACGAAAUCCCGAUAGGGUGUCGAUGGCAGUGAAUCUGAUGUUCAAUCAGAACAGAUGCAGAAAAUGCUCUGACGUCAUGAAGAUCCGCGACAAGGUCAAAGAAGGGCACAAUUUGGCUGACUUCAUGCAGGUGGAGUUUUCGCAAGACAUCAAGAAGAUCCUACACAGCUCCACGGCGACACGCACAGCUUCACCUGGCCUCAGAGCUGGAGCCCGGCUAGCGUUGCAGCGGAAGCAAGAAGCGCCUGUCGUCAGGUGUCACAGCGUAAUCGUGGCACUUGCCCUUUCGAUGAUCAUUCAGCCUUUGGUGCCAGUGCUGCGGACAGAGAGGCCCAGCCGCGACAUGCUCCAAUGGCCACAGCAGACGCACGACGAACCCACCAGGAGGCUCAUGAGCUCCGACGGAACAACCGUCAGGCUCAGCAGAAGGCAGAUUGGGCCCCACCAUUGCAAAUAUGGGUCUGUAACAUGA